AUGGCGUACACCGCGUUCAGUCGCCCCGAAACGUUCCAAAGCGAGCGCCGAGUGACGUUUGUCCACAACAAAAAGAACUUUAUCGGCCCCAGCGCAAUCCCAACCACCCAAAUCUACCGGUACACGUACACGCCUGGGCAGCGGUUGGUCGUGAGCGUCACGUCCAGCGUGCACGACGCGCCAUUUUGUUACUACUUCCGCGCCGAAAGUCGCUGGGUGUUCGACGCAUCGUUGUCGUCCGCCCACGAAUGCUCGUUAAUUGAAGGGUUUGCCAAAUCCGAGUCGAAAUCAGUGAUGCUCAAGUGGGUCAAGCAAGCUAUCGACGCGUACAACAGCGCCCAUCCGUCGUAG